ACAACCAUAAUAGCGUUCUUGACAAGCACGGUCUCGCACAUUGUUACGCUUAUGUUUAUAACAUCAAUUAACAUGUGCAAAAAAAAGAGAAUUGACAUUGUGUAUGAUUAAUGUCAUGAAGAUCAUACGAAGUGUCCGGUAAUUAGCUGCCAAUCCGAAGUGUGAGGGUAGAUUGUUGUCGAUAUGCAGUACUGGUAGUGAAUAUCGGGACGUAGCCCAAAUAAUAAAACAACUCCGUCCCUUUUUUCUUCAACACAGAUUUAUAUACUUCUUUCACUCUAAGAGCAAAAAGUGCAAUCUAGUUCAGUUAAAAAGAACAGAUCUUCGUGUCACACACAUGCGUCGUAUGGUCGAUGUCAACUUGACUUUUGUUUUAAAAGUUAAAAUUUUUACAAUUUUUACACGAUCAUGAGCUUUUCUGUAUAUGAGUCAUACGUUGCUGUAUGCAAUAACGAGCGUGUGAUAAUCUACGAUAUCGAGAAUGAUAUUGAAAACAUUAUAAUCUUGCCCGGUUUGGAGUCGAACAGCAAGGUUGACGUACACAACAAUGUGGAUAUCGAGAGUUAUCAUAUGGUAACAUCCGUAACAUUCUCGGAGGAUGGAAAAUAUUUUGCAAUAUGCGCAAAUCGCAAGCAGCUAUGCCUGUAUGAAACAAAGAACACGAAGCUUCUGUCUAAUCGUACACUUGUCAGAGCUGCAAGCAAGAUGAGGUUUUCUCCAAACAACGAUAUCGUGGUUGCUGACAAGGCCGGUGAUGCUUAUUUAUUCUCUACUAGCUCUCCGAUGGGAAAUGGUACUUUGAUUUUAGGGCAUUUGUCAAUGCUCCUUGAUGUACUUGUCACACAAGAUAUGAAGUAUAUUUUAACGACCGAUAGAGAUGAGAAAAUUAGAGUUUCCAUGUUUCCUAACUGUUACAAUAUUCUAUCUUACUGUUUGGGACAUGCCAAAUUUGUGACAAAUAUCUCAGAAUUACCUCAUGAUAAAAGCAUCUUAAUAUCAUGUGGUGGUGAUGGCAAUUUAAAAUUAUGGGACUAUAAGCACGGGACUGAAUUGAUGUCUGUAAAUUUCUGUGAUAAAAUAUCAAAAUGUACGAUUGAUAAAUUUAAUCAACAUCUUCGUGACAAUUAUUAUGAUGAAUGUGUAGAUGUAUUGCCUGUCAAACAUAUGAGAGUGUCUCAUUUUCAUGAAAUGGAAUCUUUGGUCGUAAUAAGUUUUUAUAAUAGUGAAAUAUUAUUAAUUUAUAGUAUUACUAAUGAUCAAAAAUCACAACUGGUAGCUAAUUAUUUGGAAUCCUUAUCUGUGGAACUUGAACCAGUGGACUGUUGUUUACAUAAAAAAAACUUGUGGCUAUUAACAGAUGUAGGAUUUCGAGUAUACAAAUUUCAAGAUAAUAAAUUUGUUGUUCAUGAUACUUUAAAUUGCGCAGUGAAACAUCUCAAUAAGUCCUGGGAAACUUUAAAAGAUAUUACUGUUAAGCAGAAUUUCUUCCCUAUUUUAUAUAAAAGAAAAUAUGACAAUGUACAGGAAUAUUUAGAGAGGAAAAAAAUUCGUCUUGCGACAAGUAAUACAUUGUAAACAUUGUAAUAUCAUUUUUAGAAAUAUACAUAAAACACAGCAA